AUGGAUACCGAACCAAGUUCGAGUCUAAGUGGCAAAAAUCCAAGCCUAUUAAAUGUAUUUACUGAAAAAUCAGAUUUAGGAAUCCAGAAAAAUGCUGAAAUUGAAAAUCUAAAUGAGCAAAUUUUAAGUGAUAAUACGAACGAAAAUUUAAAGAAUAAUUCAAAUGAUACAGAUUGUGAAAACGAAAAUAUAAAAAAAAAAAAAGCUGGAACAACCUUGAAUAAAAUAGAAGAAAAUUCCAAUCCCACAAAAAAUGAAAAGAAAACAGAUACUAAAACUGAAGAAAAUAUGGCAGAAAAUACCGAUAAAGUUGGAUUAAAUAUUCAAAAUGAUGGGAAUGAAAACAUCAUGUUAUCCUCAGAAGAAAAUAUAAAUAACAAUGGAGAGGUAGAUCAAGUGUGUCUAGAAGGCGAAUUUGAGAACAAAAUAGAAAAAAAACAUAUUCAAAAAUAUGAGAGUAAACUAAAUCCAAUCGCUCCAGAAUUCAAACCCCAAAACUCUUUGUACAUAUAUCAGAAAAUUCAACAACACACAAAAAGGAAUAUCAUAUUGCUUAUAAAAUCCUUCGGGUAUAAGGGAAUUAAGCUAGAAAAAAUAUCUGGAGAAUAUUGUAAAAAAUAUAAUGCCGUUUUAAAUUUAGCCCAAGCAGGGUUUACUAAUAUUUAUGAUAUAUUAAAAAGCUUAAAUAAUUGUUUAAUAUAUGAAUAUGAAGAAAAGGAAGGUGGAUAUAAUAAUAAUGAAAAAAAAAAUGAUAACGAAAAAGAAAAAGAAAAUGAAAAUAAGACAGAUAUUCCAAUUGCAAAAAAUAAUGAAGAAAUAGAAAAAAAUUUAAUAAUAAAAUACAAAACCCCCAAAAUGAAUGAAGAUCGCGAAUUUUUCGUGAAAAUAAUAUUAGGAACAAUUGCAGAAUAUACAAAUUAUAAUCCUAAAUUGAGUAAUGAAGAAACACCUUUAAAUAAUAAUUUAUCAUUGAAUAAAUUGCCACAAGAAAUAAAAAAAAUAUUUGGACAAGCAUUUAAUAUAAAAGCGCUACAAAUACGAUGUGGUAUUUAUAAAUUACAAACAUUUUUAGAAGAUAUACAAGAAAUUGAAAUAUUUUCACUUUCAAACGAUAUAAAAAUUCGGAUAACUCCAGAAACAUAUAAUUCAAAAAUACCACAAUUAAAAAAUAUAAAAAAGUCAAUGACUAGUAACGAAUUAAAAAUAAAAACUUUAUACUCACGAUUUAGUAGUAAAAAGUUAUCAAAUUAUAAUCAAUACAAUGAAAAUAAGACAAAUAUAAAAUUGUGUGAUGAAAAUAGUAAUAUAAUAAAAAAAACAGCUAGCCAAAAUAAUGAUGAAAAAAAUAUACAAAAUAAAAUUGAUAAACUUUGUAAUAUUGAAAUCAUUCAGACUAUAAAUUCAAGAAAUAAUAGUAUUAGCCGAAAAAAUGAUUUUCUUCAUGAUAUAAAUUUCCCUUUAUAUAAUUCAAAGUCUUGUGAAAAUAAUUGGAAAAAUCUAUUUCUUGGACAAAAUAAUAAUCAGCUUUUUGAAAAUCAAGAUCUUAGUUAUAUGAACAAAAUGAACAGUAUUGAUAAAUGUGAAAAUGAUUACAUCGAUAAAUAUGACACAAAAAUUUCCGCAGAUUUUUCUCGUUUCAAAAAUGUUCAUGAUCCAAUCAUAUACCAGAAAGGAUUAGUAAAUAGCCACCUUACUUAUUUUCCUCAAUUUAAAAAAGAUAAUGAAAAUAAAAAUUUGUUGCCUAGAAUAUUGCCAAAAGCACAAUUGCAUAUUCUUCUAUUUCAGCUUAUUGUUAUUUUGGCAGCGAGACAAAAAAUUGAAUGGACUGAGAUAAAAAAAAUCAAGGAGCAAAUACUAAGAUCGGGGAAUGAGACUAACAAGUCAGAAGAAAGUCCUAACAAAAACGAAACUGAUACAAAGAGUACUGUAGAAGAACCCGAAUCAUAUAAAAAAGAAAAAACGAAUAUCUUAGACAUUCUGAACAAUUCAGGUACUACAGUUUCGUCCGAUUAUUUAAAUGGUAGCUAUAAAACACAAGACACUUCAAAUAUGUACAAACAUGAAGUAUUAUCAAGCGAUAUGAAUACAAAAAAUUCUCAUUUUUUUAAUUCGAAUGAAUUGGAUGAUAGCGAAAAUGAAUUAAUAGGUGUUUUUGUUUCUUCAAUAAAAAGUGAAUGGAAUAAAACAUACUCUGAGCAAUACCCUCUUAGUUUCUAUUUAAAUUAUUAUAAAACAAAAAAAUUAAAAAAAUUGUUAGAAGAAAUACCAAAUUUAAUAAUAGCAGGAUAUGGUAGAACUAUGCAAGUUAUUACUCUCGAUUCUGCACAAGAAUAUUAUGAUAAUCUUUUUUCAGAUGACCAAAAUAAUUUUAAGGCAAUUGCAAAAUCUAAGUUUACAUCGUUAAGUAAUGCAUUAUAUUUUAAGGAUGCAACAUAUAAGGAAAUAGCAGAAGAAUGUAUAAAUGGAGAUACUUCAAAUGUUUUUAAAAUUUUAGAAAUAAAUUAUAUCAAAAUAUCAAGCUCGAACAAAAAUAUAAAUAAUUAUAACUUUAUACAUAAUGAAAAUAUCGGACGAAAGUUUUCAAAACCAAUGGAUAACCUUAUAGAUGAUUAUGAUAUAAAUGAGAAUAAAGAAAAAUAUUAUGGACAUAAAAAUUAUAAUAAAAAAAAAAAUUUAGAAAUUUUAAGAUAUCAUUUACAUAAAUUACUAUAUAACUUAGUAAUACAUGUAUGUAAAAAGCAAAAUUCUUUAUUUUUAAAAUAUAAAGAAAAUGGAAUUAUAUUAAACGAGCAAGAAAUAAACAAGCAAUUAUGUGCCCCUGUAUCUUAUCCAAGUGACUUAACAUAUGAUGAUUUUAUAAUGCCUAAACAAAAUUUUAUACAAAAAUAUAAUAUAGCAAAAAAUAUGCAUAUCUUAUCACAAUAUGGUAUAUAUGGAAUUAAACUUAUACAUUUACCAAAUGAGUGGUUUAAUUUAUAUAAAUGUGAGUUACGCCCUUUAAUGAAAAUAUGCAAUUAUUAUCAAAUAGGAAAAAUGAUUUCUACUAUGUCUAAUCUUCUUGUUGUCGAUGAAGGAUUUGAUACAAAAUACAUUCCGAAUACAAAUCUAGAUUCAGAGCUUGGAAACUUCAAUGACUUAUCUUUCUGGGAUUCUGUUAAGAAGUUCCCUGACAAUGUUUUACAAAAUAAAAUAUUUUUCCAUGAGCCACACAAAGGAAAUAUAAAUAACCCAACCAGUAAAAGCCAAGCAUAUGAAAGUAUUAUGGGAAUUCUUUUUCCUAAUGCAAUUUCUCAAAGAUCAAAUCAAUUUCAAAGAAAUAAUACUACUCAUAUUAGACCAUUCAGAAAUUAUGAUUAUAAAAAAAACAAAUCAUCAUUUCCUGGUUUUUAUAAUUCAUAUAAAUAUAAAAUAAUAUAA